CUUUGCUUGUACUUCUAAUCUUCUAUGAAAGGUUGUUACCGGUACAGUAACUGAGUGUACCUAUAAACCCAUAAGUAUAAGUUAUAGAUCUAAGUUCAAGAAUCUAAAUUUUUUUUUUAUUAUGGAUUCCCUUGUAAAUGAAUGUGACGUUGUUGUUAUUGGAGCUGGUUUGUCGGGGUUAUCGGCUGCUUAUUAUUUGCAUAAAAAAGACAAAGGUCUGCGAAUAAUUGUUUUGGAAGCAAAAGACAGAAUCGGUGGACGUACAUUGACUCGUCAGCUUGCAGCAGCAGAUGGAACUAAGGAUUUUUGGGAUUUGGGAGGUGAAUGGGCUGGCAGACCACAACCUCACCUUCAGUACUUACUCCGAAAGUUCAAUCUUAAUACUUUCAAUCCAGUAAGACCACAUGAUGGUAGACAACUUAGUGACCUGACCACAUUGACACUUCAGACCCGCUGUGAUUUAAUCCAGUUUACAUGGAAGCUGAAGAGCUUACAACGAAAAUUAACAGGUGUGGAUUUAAAAAUGUCAGUCAAUGCUCUUGAAUAUGACAACUGCAGCUUUGAUAAAUAUAAAGAGGAAAAUCUUUGGACACAAACUGCUAAGACCAUUGUUGACUCUGCUUGUAAGUGCAUGUUUGGACUGGAACCUUCUGAAAUGAGUUUACUGUAUUUUUUGAUGUAUGUCAAAGCUGCGGGUGGCUUAGAGAUUUUCUUGCAUCCCAAAGAAUUUACAGGAAGUGAGUGCCGAAUUAAAGGAGGUGUCCAACAGCUAUCUUCACAUCUAGUACAAAAAAUUGGCAAGAAGUGUGUUUAUCUGAGUCAACCUGUGUCUCACAUUGUUCAGUCUAUAGAAGGUGCUCGUGUCAUAACCACAAAUAAUGUACAAGUUUUGUGCCAGAGAAUUAUAUUGGCUAUACCUCCUCACCACAUUGCGGCUAUUAACUACUCUCCACCACUGGCUCCUGCCAAACUGGGUUUGUUUCAGAGUGUACCUCUAGCAUUCAUCGUCAAAUUUGCUGUGACCUAUGAAGAGGCAUUUUGGAAAAAGGACAAUGAUAGACAUCACUAUGGUUUCCAGGCAGUGUUGGAUAAUGAUGAGGGACCUGUGGGCAUUGUUUAUGAUGCAUCGUCAGGGAGAGGUAACCCUGCACUGGCUGGAUUUAUUUCUUCAUUUCAAGGCUUAGAUAGUGAUCCUAAAAAUCGAAGAGCAACCAUCAUGAGACUAAUUGAGAAACUAUUGGGUCCUGAAUGUCAGAAAAUAUUGGAGUUCUCUCAGAUGGACUGGAGUAAAGAGCCUUACAAUGGUGGCUGUUUUCUUAGAUCAAUCGUCCCAGGAGCUACUAAAUAUUUCAACAAUGAGUUGAGGGAACCUUUUGAUAGAAUUCAUUUUGCUGGGACAGAAACAGCAACUGUUUGGUGUGGAUUUAUGAAUGGUGCAAUACAGUCUGGCUUUAGAGCAGCUACUGAGGUUUUGUAUCACUUGAGACCAUUGAUAAUAACAUCACCAGACCUAGAAGUUCUUCAUCUUCCUGAUGAUGCUCAGGAGACACCGCAAGUCAAACAAAAUUGGUUAACCUGGGCUGCUGUGGGUAUGGGCUUUGCUUCAGCUGUCUACUUUCUGACUAAGACUAACACUGUAUCUUCUUCCACAACAUUUGUUAAGAAUAUACGCUUAGUUUUUGAUGGGAGGUAAUCAUAUCAGUUGGAACUCUAAGCUUUCAACUUUUUAAAGCAUUGAAAAGCAAUAAUCUAGGGUAAUUUAUAAAAAAAAAAAGCUUUAGGGGGGGGAAAAAGUUGUCUUUCAAGAUAAAUUUUUAAUACUACACUUAAUGUAUAUUAAUUGACCUCACAUUUAAUUUAGAAGAAUGUAUUUUUUUAGUGCAUUAAGAUAUUAAUAAUCUUAAUGGUUUGAAAUCAUAUUUAAUGUAGUGCUUCCUAAGUGAAUUGUUGUAAUAUGAUGUUAUAUCCAGACUCUGGGUUUGAAAUGUCAAACAUUUUUUGUUAGGUAUGUUAAUGUACUAUAUUUAUUCAUGCUAUUUGCGGACAUGUUUUUGUUUGUUUGGUAUUAAGAUCAUCUGUCGUCAUCGAGAAGUACAUAGAAGUCUAUUUAUAAAGCAAUGGUUAUGAGUGUAUGUGUUUCGUGUGUGAAUGUUGUUUGUAUUUGCAUCUAUAUUGUUAUUGUACAGUAGUUACACUGAGGUUAUCUAUUGUAGUCAAACUGAAUUUCCAUUUUAUUGGAUCAAUAAAAAUUAUAUUAUUUCUGUUUCUAUAAGCUCUAUACUGUAUACUUAGUGUGACUUAAUUUAUUGAACCCUUUGAAUCUAAUCCUUUUGAAGUAUAGGAGUUAAGCUGAAAGAAAUUCCUGGCUACAAUAUUGCAGCUCAUUGUGACAUGUUUGGUUCUGAUACUAAAAUAUUUAAUAUAUUUAUUUUGUGAGGUCUUGAAAAAUUAUACCAAAAUGUAUGUUAUGCCAAAGACAACUUUCUCUACAGUUGUGUAGGGAAUAAUGAAAUAUUACAAUAAACAUAUUAGAUAUCUGUACACAAAAUGCUUGAAAUACAUUUUACAAUCAUAAUCAGACAUUCCAAAAUGCAGUCUCAAUAUAGCAAAGAGUUCAUUCUUGAUUUUAACUUCUUUGCAAUGAAUGGUAAAGGAAUAAAUAUCUAGUUUAAUUUUUUCUUCUAUGUUUGCUUAAAAAGUUGUUUUUUAUCUUCUGUCAUGAAUAGUUUUGUCUUGAUCAGCAUUAAACAAGGUUAAAUUUGUUAAUGUAUAUGUAUUUGCACAAAAAUAAAUGAAGCUGACAUUAUGAUCAACACAUUCUUCUAAUUUGGAGGAAAUAUUUUUUUUAAAAACUCAAUCUGUCCAGGUUUUUUUUAUCUCGUAAAAAUGUUUGUAGGGAUAUUGAUACGGUACUCAAGUAGAUUUGCGAUAAAUGAUGGAUAGUGCUGGGCCUUACAUGACGGUUAAGAAAUUUGAGGGUUAUGUACGUCACAUUUUUCUGAUAAUGCAAUGAAUAUCUAAAGAGAAAAAGCUUUGAUGGAAGUGAAGAAUUUAAAAUGCAUGGUUUUACAAAAAAAACUGCUUUAUAGAAAAUUGUUGGUUCAAGGACUUGCGUGAAAAAGAAUGCAUUGCAGUUCAUAUCUUUUAUAUUUACAAAUAAAUUUGUGCUGAACCCAUCUAUGUUUCUUGCAAAGCUAUGUCCUUUUGACUGGCAUUUGAGAGUAAAAUUUCUGUGUGGCUUUGGAUUGAAUGGGUUAAUAGAAUGAUGAACCAAGCUGGGCCUUUUAAGUUGCUUUUAUAGCCUCAUUCAAUUCAAAUCUGUUUUCUAGUCUCACAUUUUGGAGUCAAGUUGUGAGGGCUUGAGCAUGUAAGUACUCUGAUUUUAGGUCAUGCACAAAGUCAAUGUUUUAGGAUACUGGUAUAGGCUUGGUGGUGGGAAUACAAAAAAAAAAAAUGAAGUAAAACAACUCGCUGUUCUCAUUGCACAAUGAAAGUUUGUUGGGUUUUUUUUUUAAACUAAGCACUUGCACUGUUAAUGUCAUACACAGACAUUUAUGUCCAUACUUGUCUGCAGUGCUAGACAUUUAUACUUAUACUUGUGUUUCAUCUAAGGAAAUAAAUCUUAAUUCCUUUUGCUGGUAGCUGCAGUAGUGAUAGUUUGCCUAGUCAUCUUCCUGGUUUUCUUAUUGUGAAUUCAGCAUAGGCAAACAAGGUAGCCGUCUAGGGCCUCUAAUUGAUGGGGGCUUCGCACAAGACCUAAAACAUUGGGAAACUUGUAUCAAAUCUCAAAAUAUACCUCUACUACCCUUGCUGUAAGUUUCUACUAUGACUUAUGGUUUAUUGACAAUGUUCAGUGCUACUUGUAGACAGAAGACCCUAGUUGUUUUAUGAAUUGAAUAAUUUUUUUUUGCCUAAGUCCAGCCCUGCUGUAUUUUACCAGUAGUGGGGAGAGUGAGUGUAUUGCUGCUUUGAGGAAUGUUUGUAAAUGUACUAGAUUUGUUGAACAGAGUCUAUUUUUUUUUAUUGAUCUUAUUAAAUUCAUUAGUUGUUAUCACCCAAAGUUAGAAUCAUUAUUUACAAAAUAACUAUAGAUUCACCUAUGCUUAAUUGGUGGUGUAUUUCUGUUCAUGAAAUUGAUUCAGUUAUUUUACAAUAUAUAGAAAAACCCAUACUAGUUUUUAAUUUCUCUCCCAGUGUGUAUUUUUUUUAAAAAAGCUUUUAAUUUAUAUCAUGCCUGAAACAAAACUCAUUUGUUGACCAGAGGACGUAUGUGGGAGUUUCUGUGCUCAGUAAAUGCAACUCUGAUCUAGUCAGGUGUUGUGAACUUUCAGCCCCUUUGAUAACCUCUUGGCUCUCUUAAGGCUGUGAUCUUAAUACAAUAAUUGUUUUCAGCAUUUAAUUAUCACUUAUACUUCAUGAAUUACAAAAUAUGUACUACGGUAUGUAAUUGUCACAUUUUAAUAGUGUUUGUUACAAGCUUAUUAGAAGUCAAACUUAGUAUGUGAUUAUACAAUUAUUAUAUACACUGUUGAUUAGAAAUGUAAAAAAAAAAUUCUUCAAUUAAACAUUUGUUACCCAAUCAGA